AUGCGUCGCCUCUCAUCGACGCGGCUGCCGCAGCUGCUGAACUCAGCACGGCCACCGCUUUCUCGACCCCCCAGAGCAGCACCCCUCCUCUCCUCUCGUUUACUUUCUGUCUCAGCUUCUGCCCCUCCUUCCUCCUUCUCUCCACCUCGCGCCAACCGCCCUUCUCGACGCUCCCCCCUAUCUCAGUCUUCAAAACGUUAUUGCUCGUAUCGCAGGAUGUGUGGUUCUCGUCGUGCUGGGGUCUCUGGCUCGACCAACGUCCCUGACCGUGAGGUUCUCCCCGCCAACGUUAAGCCAACCCACUAUGACUUGACUCUUGAGCCGAACUUUGAGACCUUCAAAUAUGACGGAACUGUCGUCAUCGACUUACAGGUUGUCGAAGACACGACGUCCAUCUCCCUCAACUCUACUGAAAUCGACAUCCACACAGCUGCCGUGUCCUCUCAAGGAUCAGUAGUCAGCGCGUCACCCGAGAUUUCCCUCAACAAUGACAAGCAAGAGGCUACAAUCAAGUUUUCGGAUGCUAUCCCCGCCGGAUCAUCAGCUCAACUUAAACUGACCUUCACUGGUUCUCUCAAUGACAACAUGGCCGGUUUCUACCGCUCAUCUUACAAGACGUCGGACGGUGAGACCAAAUACAUUGCGUCUACUCAAAUGGAGCCGACCGAUUGCCGGAGAGCUUUCCCUUGCUUCGACGAGCCUGCGCUCAAGGCUAAGUUCACUGUCAAUUUGAUUGCGGACAAGAGCAUGACUUGCUUGAGCAACAUGGACGUUGCUUCAGAGAAGGACAUUGAGGGCGGGAAGAAAAUUGUCAAGUUCAAUGAGUCUCCGGUCAUGUCUACAUACCUGGUGGCUUUCAUUGUCGGCCACUUGAAGCAUAUCGAGACCAAGGACUUCCGUGUUCCCAUCCGGGUUUAUGCUACACCGGAUCAGGACAUUGAACAUGGCCGCUUCUCUCUGAACUUGGCAGCCAAGACGCUUGCCUUCUACGAAAAGGCCUUCGAUAACGAAUUCCCUCUUCCAAAGAUGGACAUGGUUGCGGUUCCCGAUUUCAGUGCUGGAGCUAUGGAGAACUGGGGUUUGAUCACUUACCGUAUCGUUGAUGUGCUCCUGGAUGAAAAGACCAGCAGUGCGUCGCGUAAGGAGCGCAUUGCUGAAACUGUUCAGCACGAGCUUGCCCACCAAUGGUUUGGAAACUUGGUUACCAUGGAUUUCUGGGACGGUCUAUGGCUCAACGAAGGCUUUGCUACUUGGAUGUCGUGGUACUCUUGCAACAGCUUCUACCCCGAAUGGAAGGUUUGGCAAACAUAUGUCAUCGACAACCUGCAGAGUGCGCUCUCCCUUGAUUCUCUCCGCAGCAGUCACCCCAUCGAAGUGCCCGUGAAGCGCGCCGACGAGAUCAACCAGAUCUUUGAUGCCAUCUCGUACUCCAAGGGAUCAUCUGUCCUGCGCAUGAUCUCAAAGUACUUGGGUGAAGACACCUUCCUGCAGGGUGUUCGUGACUACAUCAAGAAGCACGCUUACGGCAACACACAAACCGGCGACCUGUGGUCGGCCCUUGCGGAUGCUAGUGGCAAGCCCGUGGAGGAGGUCAUGGAUAUCUGGACCAAGAAUGUUGGAUUCCCAGUCGUCUCUGUGUCGGAAAACCCAAGCUCUUCAUCCAUCAAGGUGAAGCAGAACCGGUUCCUCCGCACGGGUGACGUUCGUCCUGAGGAAGACAAGACUCUUUUCCCUGUGAUGCUUGGAUUGCGGACAAAGAAGGGAGUUGACGAAGACACCGUGCUGUCAACGCGUGAGGGAGAGUUCAAGGUUCCCGAUCUCGAUUUCUACAAGCUCAAUGCCGAUCACACCGCAAUUUACCGCACAUCUUACUCCCCUGAGCAUCUAACCAAGCUGGGCAACGCUGCAAAGGAGGGUCUGCUUACUGUUGAGGAUCGCGCAGGUAUGAUUGCUGACGCCGGCGCAUUGGCUGCCUCUGGUUACCAGAAAACGUCCGGUUUGCUAUCGCUGCUCGCCGGAUUUGACAGCGAGCCUGAAUUUGUUGUUUGGAACGAGAUCUUGACUCGUAUUGGUGCCCUGCGUGCCGCUUGGAUCUUCGAGGAUUCCCAGUCCAAGGACGCAUUGGAGGCCUUCCAGCGUGCCUUGGUCGGCGAGAAGGCGCAGAAGCUAGGAUGGGAGUUUUCCGACAAGGAUGACCAUAUUUUACAACAAUUCAAGGCCCUCUUGUUCAGUGCCGCUGGCAAUGCUCAGGAGCCGACUGUAGUCAAGGCCGCCCAGGACAUGUUCCAGCGCUUCGCUGCUGGUGAUGUCAGUGCCAUCCACCCUAACAUUCGCGGCAGCGUCUUUUCUAUCGUCCUGAAAAACGGCGGUGAAAAGGAGUACAAUGUUGUGUAUGACCGCUUCCGCAAUGCCCCCACCUCUGAUGAGAAGACCACGGCGUUGCGCUGCCUUGGUACGGCCGAAGAUCCAGCCCUCAUCAAACGCACUCUCGGCUUGGCCCUGGGUGACGAGGUCAAGAACCAGGACAUUUACAUGCCCCUUGGCGGACUCCGCACCCACGCCGCCGGUAUUGACGCCCGAUGGAAUUGGGUGAAGGAGAACUGGGACACCCUCUACCAACGCCUGCCCCCUGGAUUGGGCAUGCUCGGAACUGUUCUACAAAUAUGCACUGCCUCAUUCUGUACGGAGGCGCAGCUGAAGGAUGUUGAGAACUUCUUCGCCAACAAGGAUACCAAGGGCUUUGACCGUGCUAUUGAGCAAAGCCUCGACGCAAUCCGCGCCAAGGUCAGCUGGGUUCAUCGGGACCGUGCAGAUGUUGCAGACUGGUUGAAGUCGAAGGGGUACUCCAAGGAAGGUGGCAAGCUCUAA